AAAAACUGAAAAAGUUACGGACAUCCUCUGUCUCGCUGUUAUAAAAGUACAUAACAAUACAUAGAAGAAGAACAAAGCAAACGAAUCAUUUCAACAAUGAUUAAAACACAAACCUUUGUCUCUGUUCUUCUCUCUCUCUUCUUCUUCGUCUCUCUCCCUAUCUCCUCGCUCGCCGCACCUCCCUCCUCGGCAUCUGUCUACGAAUCCUUCGUUCAAUGUUUCUCCGACAAGACUAAAUCCACACAAGCCCAAGUCGCCAAAAAUGUCUUCUCUCAGACAAACCCUUCUUACUCCUCAGUCCUCCGAGCUUACAUCCGAAACGCGAGGUUCAACACUUCCUCCACUCCCAAACCAACAAUCAUCGUCACUCCUCGCUCCUACAGCCACGUCAGCGCCGCCGUCCUCUGCUCGAAGCCCUUAAACUUCGUCUUCAAGAUCCGAAGCGGCGGGCACGACUACGACGGUCUCUCCUACGUCUCCGACAAACCGUUUUUCAUCCUCGACAUGUCGAACCUCCGUGACGUAACCGUCAACAUCGCUGAUCAGACGGCGUGGAUCUCCGCCGGAGCGACACUCGGCGAGGUUUACUACGGGAUUUGGCGGAAAAGCAAUGUCCACGGGUUCCCCGCCGGAGUUUGUCCGACGGUCGGCGUCGGCGGUCACUUGAGCGGCGGUGGGUACGGUAACAUGGUGAGGAAGUUCGGUUUGUCGGUGGACUACGUGGAGGACGCGAACAUCGUCGACGUGAACGGUCGUGUUUUGGACAGGAAAGCGAUGGGAGAGGAUCUUUUCUGGGCGAUCUCCGGGGGAGGAGGAGCUAGCUUCGGCGUCGUUUUGGGUUACAAGGUCAAGCUCGUUCCGGUACCAGCAAUCGUGACGGUGUUCAGAGUGGAGCAGUAUAUGGACUCCGGAGCGGUGGACAUGGUUCACAAGUGGCAGUCCGUCGGUCCGAAAACCGACAGGAACCUCUUCAUGAGGAUGCUGAUUCAGCCAGUUACGAGGAAGAAGGUGAAGACGGUGAGAGCUUCGGUGGUUGCUCUGUUCUUAGGCAGAGCGGACGACGUCGUUUCGCUUCUAGCUAAGGACUUCCCAGAGCUGGGACUGAAGAAGGAGGCUUGCGAGGAGAUGACGUGGAUGCAGUCUGCUCUGUGGUGGGAUAAUAACGAGAACGCUACCAAGACUGAUCCCAAAGUGUUUCUCGAUAGGGAUCUUGAUUCCGCUAGCUUCGGGAAGAGGAAGUCCGAUUACGUUGCGACGGAGAUUCCUAGAGAUGGGAUCGAGUCGCUGUUCAAGAAGAUGAUCGAGUUAGGAAAGAUCGGAUUGGUUUUCAAUCCUUACGGUGGGAGAAUGGCGGAGGUGGCGGAGGACGCGACGCCGUUCCCGCACCGGAAGAAGCUGUUCAAGAUUCAGUACUCUGUGAACUGGAAAGAGUCGUCUGCGGAGAUAGAGAAGGGUUACUUGAACCAGGCCAAGGUGCUUUACAGUUUUAUGACCGGGUUUGUGAGCAAGAACCCUAGGAAUGCUUACUUGAACUACAGAGAUGUUGACAUCGGUGUGAACGAUCACGGGGUGAAUAGUUACAAGGAAGGGGAGGUGUAUGGGAGGAAGUAUUUUGGUAUGAAUUUUGAUCGAUUAGUUAAGAUUAAGACCGCUGUUGAUCCUGGGAACUUCUUCAGGAAUGAACAGAGUAUACCUACCUUGCCAAGAAAGGCAUAAGUUUAAAAAGACUAACCUUUUGUUUUUAUUAUAAAAAUUGGAAAGGUUUGGUUUUGUACUACGAAACCAAUAAUGUUUGGUGAAGGAGAAUAUAUUAAUAUAUGAUUUGGAAUAUUGAAUA